AAAUGAAUCACAAUAGUCCAAGCGUGAUAAUAAGAAAGGCGAGGAAGAAUGUCCAGGGUGUCCAGAUUAUGGUCAAACCGAACAAAUCCAUUAAUUUUAGGACAAAAAAAUCAGGAUUUUAUGACUUGUAUAAUGCUGAAAGAAUUCCAAAGAAGAAACUCAAUAAAGAAAAGAUGGCUUAUUUAAAAUAACGAAUUGCAAAGGAAAAUUAUAAGAGGGAAGAAAGAGAGUUUGAAAAAGAUUGAUGCCCCUGAGUUGAACCCGAAACUUUCAUUGGGCCGAAGUCAUAACAAGUCUGUCAUGAUCACUCAUAAAGCCUCUUUAAGUCCAUCUAAAGGGCAAGAGACAGCUCAGAUAAAAGAUGGACUUCACCAUUACAAAUUUCCUGGAAAAAUUCAUAGUUCAAUGCACGUUGGUAUUGGAAAUGAGUCACCUGGAAGUGGAAAUAGGUAUAAACGAGCACAAGCUAUACAUGACAAAUAUUGAUCUCUCCCAAAGAUGAUGCCAGAUAGGAAACACCGGAAUUCGAGCUUUCAACUUGACAAGAGUGAUGCACCUUUAUUUUUGCCAAAUCUAGCCCAAAAAUAAAAAUCCAGUCAUUAAAAAUAUUGUGGACUCAACAAAUGUCUCUAAAUUUGGGGACUCCAAAGAAGGAUCUUCGACCAAUGGAGAUGCUAUCAGUGUGAAACUAGCUAAUCUCAAAAUGAUUUCUCCCAUGACUAAUCUUCCAAAGGGAUACAAGAAACAGCUAGAUAAAGACUCCGAAGAGCUUCUUAGAAUAUUCUAUUCAAUCCGUGCAUGAUCAAAGGAGGCCUCAAUGACACUUCCAGCUUUAGACCCCGAAGUGAAGAUAUCUUACACUCUAGUGAAGAACAUUAGGAUCAAGAAAUCAGAAUUCAAGAACUUCAUAGCAAAACGAUACACAACUUACAUUGCUGAAAGGCUCAUAAACUUCUUUGAUUUCACCAAGGCGUGGUCCUACAAUGACUUUGUCAAUACGAUGGAGGUCUUGAUUUUCCAAAGCAACGAAAUGUUGUACAAAAUUUGCUUCGAAGCUCUCGAUUACAACAACGAUGGGUACAUCAGCGAGAUCGAUCUCUACCAGACAAUGGGAGAGCUUCCCACAGAGAUCUUUAUCUCUGUAUUGAUGGAGGACUUUUUAAAAAUAAUUCGCUACAUUGUCAAAAGUAAGAUCAAAAAGGGAACUUUUGAUGAGACAAAGUAUUACCACAAGGAAAUGAUCAAGAAGAUCCAAGUUAUGAAUGCUACUUACAGAAGCAGCCUUUCCGGGUGGAAUUUGAAUGAUAAAGACAAGCCUUCUUCAAAUUUCUUCCAUUUCUGCACUAAGAAGUUAUCUCCAAGCGAGAAAAAGCCGAGUGAAAGAGAAGAUUAUGCUUUAUAUCCUAGAUCUAUAAACAAAAGUGUUAGAAAUAAGUCUGAACAGAAGGACGACUCACUUAAAUUGAGUUUAAAAUAGCGUAGUAAAAAGCAACCGUAAGACUCUAAAUAAGAAAGAGCUUCUAUUCAGUUAUUGAGAAGAAAAAGAACUGAAUGAAAAGAUAUCUCUUACUGAAUUCAAUGCAAUUCGUUUUGACACCUUUGUUCCCAGUUUAGCUAUUGAUUUAAUCAAAUAUUUCUGAGGGUACAGUAAAACCAAGCUGCAAGUGUUGUCUCUAACCUCUAGUUCCUCCUCUUCCAGCCGUGAGUAUCUCAAAGUGCAUAGAAAUGAAAUAGAAUUUGAAAGACUGAUGAAAAUAAUAAAGCUUGAGGAAUCAAAGAGCAAAUAAUAGGGGUCCUCUGUACUUAUAAACAACUUAUUUUCAAUGU